UUGCUCUCCCAGUCCCACCACCGUCACUAUGCACAAUACACCAAUGAUGCUGCAUGCAAUCCUAAACCACCUAUGUUCACCAAGCCAUUGCUGAAGUCAACUGGAGCCAGCGUUGUGUCCUUUAUCUCCGUUCACCAGGCCACCGCAAUAUGUUUUUUGAUUUUGGUGGAGGUGGAAGUGAAAGUGGAAGUAAGGGGGAAAGGACCUCUCGCCGCCAGUCCGAACUUGUUUGCCGGUGACGACAAGGAAAAUACACCGGGUUGUUGUUACCGUACCCGAAAUCUCCAGCACGGCGACGGAGAGGCCUGCUCGAGCAAGGUAGGCAGCCGGAGCAUCAAAUUUCUUACCGGCGACGGCGAGACAUGCUUCUUUAUCCCGUCGGAUCUCUUCGGCGACGGAUUGGUUGGUGGUGAUUGGGGAGAACACUCAGGCUGUAAUGAAUCUGUGAAUUCGAUAUCAAGCAAUAGGGAAACAGAAGAUACUGUUAUUGGAAAGAUGAAAUCUAAAGGCUCACAGGGAAAACGAGCUCGAGCACCGAUACCCAGCAGCAAUGUGCUUAGUGUUAGUGAGGCUGAGUGUGAUGAUAUUGGAAUGGAUUCCUCAAGUGGGGAAGAGAUGGAAGUCGAAAUGGAUGCAAGUACGAGCAAGGUGGCUGCUAGUGAUCAUACUGGUUCAGCUUCGACUCACAUUAAUUCACCAAUGCCAAAAGGGAGGAGGCUUACAUCAAAAGUUUGGGUCCAAUUCAGAAGGUAUAAGAAGGACGGUUUAUUUAAGUCAUCAUGCAUCAAAUGCGGGAAGACUUAUGCAUCUAAAUCACGUAACAAUGGAACUAGUGCACUCCGCCAUCAUAUGAGUAAACCGUGCGGUGAUGGAAAAGAUUUGAGCAUGAUUAUGAAGGCUAUUGGUAUAUCUGAUGUUCCACUUCCCCUGGUGCUCUCGAUUGGAUUCUACGCUGUGAUGUGGGGGAAAGCUCAUGAGGAUGAUUGCUGCAGCCAGCAGCAGGACACUGAUCAGUCCACAGAGAAAGCUCCUCUGUUGCAGAAUUGCAGAAGGAAUGCACAAGUUUAA